AGGUCACCACAUAAACAAGGACAGGUCCGAUAAGUCAUCGGAUGGGAGCCGAGUACUCAUAAACUACCUAGUAUUAUGUACAACAUUUUUCACGGGCCAUUGCACGCUAAUUAUACAGGGGUUUCAUAUAAUCCAUGGAAUUCGACGACGUCAAAUUGACAUCGUUCUAUCAUUAAUGGACACAUUUAUGCUUCAAGGACUUCAUUCUCAUCGUCCACCGUAUUACCAUUUCAGUCCUGCCCCAUAUUCUGUGUAGUUUCCAUCAUACACGCUGUUGGGAAACCUUUAUAUCGCAUCUCAAAAUGGCUCCAGAAAAGCCUACUCUUUACUUACUCGAUAAUUUCCACCCCGAAGUCAUCAAGUACUGCGAGGAAAAUUUCACCGCUAUCCUUCCUGGCACUCCCGAACAUGCAAAUUGGCGCCAGGAUGCUCGCUUCCUAUUGGUUAGAUCGUCGCGUCUAACAGCAGAGGAUAUCCAAUCUUGUCCCAAGUUGAUUGCUAUAGGAAAGCAGGGAGUUGGCAUAGAAAAAAUAGAUGCUGUGGCCUGCUCCAAGCAAGGGAUCGAGAUUUUUAACACCCCCGGGGUGAACGCUAGGGCUGUUGCUGAGAUGGUGCUGUCUUUGACAAUGGCAGUUGCGCGAGAAGUUGGUCGCAUCAACACGCGACAGACGCAAGGCGUGCUAGUUCCCAAAGAAACAUGCUCCGGCCUGAUACUUUCACAAAAGACCGUUGGGAUCAUCGGAAUGGGUAAUAUCGGCAAGAUAGUAGCCCAGAUAUUCCGAGGCGCGUUCGACGCGGAAGUGGUCGCGUACGACCCGUUCCUCCCUUUGGAUGCUUGGUCUGAUAUAUCACACACCCGCUUGUCGUCAAUCCCCGACCUCCUCAAAGUGUCCGAUGUGGUCACAAUCCACGUUCCACUUACAGAGAACACGAGAAAUAUGAUUUCUCUUUCAGAAUUCCAGAUUAUGAAGAGGAACGCCAUACUUAUUAAUGCAGCACGUGGAGGCAUUGUCAAUGAGUCUGACCUAGAGAUUGCACUACGGGAACGCUUAAUAUUCGGCGCAGGGCUAGAUUGUCACGAAGAAGAACCGCCAAGCAAAGAAAGAUAUGAAAAGCUGUGGGAGUUGGGUGUGGUCAGCACUCCACAUGUAGGAGCUGCCACGGAGCAAACACAGAUAGAAACUGGGACAACAGCAGCGAGGCGCGUACUAGAAUUUUACCAAACACAAGCUCAGAGUUGAUGGGCUUGAAUAGGAUAAUACUAAUGCGAUCCAUUCGAAUUAUUUUCACACCACUAUGCACCUUUCGGAAGGAUCCCGUCAAGUAUUAUACUCUUUCACAUAGUGUAUCGCCUUCCCAUGCCUCGCGCACCUUAAUUAGGUACAACAAUAAAAAAUGUUACUGCUUAACUAUCGGUCUUUUCGUCGCGCCCCUACAGUGCCAUUCGACUUUCUGUAUGAUACCCUCGAGACUAUCC